GUCAAUAGUAAAUAGUAAAUACUAAAAUACUUCAUACUAAAUAACCAGUAACUCAUAGAAACCAGCAGUAUGGGGAGAUUAGUUGGAUUGGAAUUACAUAACUUCAAGUCCUAUAAAGGUACUGCGCGUAUUGGAUUUGGAACAUCAUAUUUUACUUCCAUAAUUGGACCUAAUGGAGCAGGGAAAUCAAAUAUGAUGGAUGCCAUAUCCUUUGUACUUGGAGUUAAAUCAUCUCAUUUACGAUCUCAAAAUUUAAAAGAAUUGAUUUAUCGAGGUAGAAAGAUUAAUUCCAAUAACCUGGAAACCAAUUCUUUAAGUUCUGAUGAAGAUCCAAUUAAUGCUUAUGUUAUGGCAGUAUAUGAAAAGGAUGAUGGAGAAAUUAUAAAAUUAAAACGUACUAUAUCUUCCAAUGGAAUUGGAGAUUAUAAAAUUAAUGAUUUAUCAGUGACAGCAUUAAAUUAUUCUAUGGUAUUAAAAUCUGAAAAUAUCUUAAUUAAAGCAAGAAAUUUCUUAGUAUUUCAAGGUGAUGUAGAACAAAUAGCUUCACAAUCACCACAAGAUUUAACUAAAUUAAUUGAAAAUAUUAGUGGAUCUAUUGAUUAUAUAAAGGAAUAUGAUCAAUUAAAGGAAGAAUAUGAAAAAUCUCAUGAAUAUUCCAAUUCAGUAUUUUCAAGAAAGAGAAAUUUAAAUUCCGAAUCAAAACAAUAUAAAGUUCAAUUAGCAGAACAAGAAGAAUUUGAAGAAAAAUUAAUUAAAAAGACUGAUACAAUAAAGAAUAUUAAUCUUUAUAAAUUAUAUCAUAAUGAAAAGAAACAUGAAGAAAUCUUACAAGAAAUUAAUUUAAAAAAUCAUCAAUUUAAUGAUAUAAAGAAGCAAUUAAUUAGUGAACAAAAAUUAUUUACUAAAGCAGCUGCUGAUUAUUCAAAACAAAUAACUGAAUCUAAACGUCAAGAAAAAUUUAUAGAUGAAUUAUCUACUAAAAUUGAAUCGACUAAACGAGAUUUAAUUCCUAUAGAAGCUUCUAAAAGAUCUACUACUAUUAAAGUUAAUUCUUAUAAAUCUAAAAUUAAAGAUUUACAAAUUGAUUUAAAUCGUCAAAAUGAUCGAGUUAUUAUUAAUGAAAGACAACUUCGAGAAGCUAAAAGAUUAUUUAAUGAAUUUCAAGAUCGAACAUUUUCUUCAAUUCAAUCUUCAGUAACUAUUGAAGGUCAAAGAGAAUAUGAAGAAUUACGUAAUAAAUUUUUAUCAUCUGAUGGUUCAAAAUUAGAAGAAGAAAUUUCACUUUUAUUAAAUGAUAAAGAAUCAAUUUUAAAUAGUAUAAAUAAUUCAGAAAUUCAAAAAUCAAAUUCAAUUAAUAGAAUUAAUGAAUUAGAAUCAAAUAUUAAUACUGAUUUAAAAUCUCGACUUGGCGAUAUAAAUCAAGAAAUUAAUGAUAUACUUAGUCAAAGACAAGAAAAAUUUGAUUUUAGAAGUAAACUUAUAAAGGCUAAAGAUGAAUAUAAAUAUGAAGAAUUACAAAUAAAUACUCAAUUAAGAGAUGUAUUAAUAAAACUUGAUGAAUUAUCAUAUCAACAACGAGAAUCAAAUAAACAAAAAAGAUUACGAGAAAAUGUUUCAACUUUAAAACGUCUUUUUCCAGAAGGAUCAAUUAAGGGAAUUUUAUAUGAAUUAGUAAGACCAAUUCAACAUAAAUAUGAAGGAGCAUUACUGACAGUUUUAGGAAGAAAUUUCGAUAGUGUUAUUGUUGAAACUCUGACAAUUGCUUAUAAAUGUAUUGAAAUUUUAAAGGAAAGAAGAUUAGGAGUUAUUAGUUUUAUUCCAUUAGAUAAUAUUAUUAAUGAUACUAUUAAUUUAAAUUAUUUAAGAAGUAUUCAUCCUGGUGCUCAACCAGCUAUUGAUAUUAUUGAAUAUGAAGAUAAACUGUUAGAACAAGCCAUUAAUUAUGUUAUGGGAGAUACACUUGUAGUUAAUAAUAUUAAUAUUGCUCGAGAAUUAAAAUGGUCAAAUACAAGAAAUCUUGAUAAUCGAAUUGUAACAUUAGAUGGAUCAGUUAUUCAUAAAUCUGGUUUAAUGACUGGUGGACAACAAGAUCAAAAAUCUCAAGCCAGUAUUAAUUGGGAUAAAAAUGAAUUUAAUAAUCUUACCAUAUUAAAGGAUGAUUUAGCUGAUAAAUUAUCAAGAUUACAUGAAAAAUCUCCAAAAGAUAUUGAAAUAAAUCUUUUAGCUGAAGAAAUAAGUCGACUUGAUGAUAAAAUGCCAGUAUUAAGAAAUCAAAAAUUAAAUAUUGAAAGAAUUAUUAAUGAUCGAGAAUCAGAUAUAAAAUUUCUUAAAGAUCAAUGUCAUGGAUUUGAUUCUAAAAUUCUUGAAAAGAAGAAACAAAUUACUAAUAUUAGUAAUAAAAUUGAAGAUAUUCAAAUUAAUAUGAAAACUCUUCAACAAGAUAUUUAUGGAGAAUUUUGUAAUAAAUAUGGAUUUAAAAAUGGAAUUACUGAUUAUGAAGAUUUACAUGGAUCAAGUUUAAGAAUUAGAGCUAAAGAAAGAUCUCAAUUUACUAGAUCUAUAACUACUUUAACUAAUAAACUUAAUUUUGAAAAGGAAGCCGUUAAUUCAACUAAUGAAAGAAUAAAUCAAUUACAAAAUGAAUUAUUAAUCUCUGAAAAGGAUUUAGAAAUAUUUAUUAAAUCUAAACGAGAAUUAGAAGAAAGUAUUGAUUCAAUGGAAGCAGAACUUGAAAUAUUAAAAUCUGAACAUGAAGAAUUUGUAAAAUCAAUUCAAUCACAACAAAAAUAUUCUCGAUCUUUAGAAACUUCAGUACAAGAUUUUGAAAGUCAAAUUGAUAGUAUUAAUAAAUCAAUUACUGGAUUAGAAGAAACUUUAUUAAAAAUUGAUAAUGAAAGAGUUAAUUAUCUUAAGAAUUGUAAAAUUCAAAGUAUUAAUAUUCCAUUAAAAGAUGGAUUAUUAGAAUCUAUAUCUAUUGGAGAAAAUAUUGAAGAUUUAAUGAAAGAAGUUUAUGAAAUUGAAAUUGAUUAUUCUUUAUUACCUAAGAAAUAUCAAGAAAAUUUUAGUUCAAGAAUUGAAGCAGAAUUAGAAGCAGAAUUAGAAGAAAUUAUUAAUCAACUUGAAAAACUUACACCUAAUCUUAAAGCCGUAGAUCGAUUAAAUGAAAUUGAAAAUAAAUUAAAAGAUUUUGAUCGAGAUUAUACAAUGGCAAGACAACAAGAACGUAAAAUAUUUGAAAAAUUUCAAGAAAUUAGAAAUAAAAGAUAUGAUAAAUUUCUUGAUGCAUUUAAUCAUAUAUCUAAUCAAAUUGAUAAUAUUUAUAAAGAACUUACUAAAUCUCGUACAUCACCAGUUGGAGGUUCAGCAUAUCUUACAUUAGAAGAUGAAGAAGAACCAUAUAAUUCAGGAAUUAAAUAUCAUGCUAUGCCACCAAUGAAAAGAUUUAGAGAUAUGGAAUUUUUAUCAGGAGGUGAAAAGACCAUGGCAGCUUUAGCAUUAUUAUUUGCAAUUCAUUCAUAUCAACCUUCACCAUUUUUCGUUCUUGAUGAAAUUGAUGCAGCUCUUGAUAAUUCAAAUGUUAGUAAGAUUGCAAAUUAUAUUCGGAAAUAUGCUGGUCCAAAUUUUCAAUUCAUUGUAAUUUCUUUAAAGAAUUCAUUAUUUGAAAGAUCUGAUGCUUUGGUAGGAAUAUAUAGAGAACAAAGACAGAAUAGUUCAAGAACUGUUACUUUAGAUUUAACGGAAUAUUCCGAAUCUGUCUCUACACCUAUACCAACACCACCACCAAUAUCAAUAUCUAAACCCAAUACUACCACUAACAAUACUACCAACAAUACUACUACUAACAAUACAACUGCCAAAACCAUUACUACUAUCAAUACCGAUCCAAAAGUACUUAAUAAAAAUGCUACUAAAGCAUUAAGAAAAGCUCUUAAAGGCAAAGUCAAAUCUGCUAAAGGUGAAGCCAGUCCUAAUAAUAUACUUCAUUUAGAAAUUCAACAAGCUUUAAAACUAGCCAAUAUUGAAUUAUCAAAUGUUCGUAAUCAAAAUUCAAUCCUUAAUAAAUUUAUGUUUUCAACAGAUCGACCUCAAGCCAUAGUUGAUUUAGAUAUUAUAUAUCAUACAUCGGAAGGGGAAGGAUUAGGAAUAAUUCCUAAAAGUCAAUAUGCUUCUUCAAUAGUUGAACCAGAUGAAGAUCUUGAUAAUCAAUUUACAGUAGUUAAAGUUCCAAAAACUUUAGUAGGUGAUAAAGUUAAAGUAUUAUUAUUUAUGCAUCAUUUAUAUCAUGCAGAAAGUAAAUUACUUGAAAUAAUUAAACCAAGUCCUCAAAGAAAUGAUGAUCUAAUAUUAUGUAAUAAAUUUAAAACUUGUUCUGGUUGUCAUUUACAAAUGUUAAGUCAUGAAGAUCAAAUAAAUUUCAAAUUUCAAACGAUGAAGAGAGCCUAUGAAUUCUUUUUCCCAAAUUUUAAUAAAUUAAAUUUUAAACCAGUCAUUGAAUCUCCUAAACAAUAUGGUUAUAGAUCAAAACUUACUCCUCAUUAUACUAUUCCUAAACCAGAUAUUGGACAAACUAUUCCUAUUGGUUAUAAUGAUAUAAAUGUUCCUGGAGUUAUUUUAGAUGUAGAUGAAUGUCCAAUUGGAUCGCCUACUAUAAAUGAUAGACUCAAAAUUGAAAGAUUAAGAAUUCAACAAGAACGUCCUGGUAAACCAGGUAAAAGUUAUACUUUAUUAUUACGAGAUAGUGUUAAAUUAAAUAAUAAAACUGGAGAAUAUUAUAAUGUAUGUCUUACUGAUGAAGAUCCAGUAAUUACUGAGAAAGUUGAAAAUCAUGUAUAUCAAUUUAAUACUUCAGGAUUUUUUCAAAAUAAUCCCGAAAUAUUACCUUCAGUACUUAAUUUCAUGAGACAUCAUAUUGAUUCAACAGGAUAUACUUAUAAAUAUUUGAUUGAUACUUAUUGUGGAGUUGGAUUCUUUGGUAUUGCCCUUUCUAAUACAAUUAAUGAACAUGGUAAAAUCUUUGGUAUUGAAGUUGCAAAAACUGCCAUAGAAUGGGCUACUAAAAAUGCAAAAUUAAAUUCUAUUCCAAUUCCUCAAAGAAUUGAAUUUAUUCUGGGAUCAUCAGAAAUGAUAUUUGAAAGUCCAAAUUUUAAAAAUUCAGGUAUUAAAGGUCCAGAAUCUAUUGUUAUAAUGGAUCCAUCUAGAAGAGGUUCUAAUGAACUGUUUAUGAGACAAUUAUUAGCAUUUAAACCAAGAUUAAUCAUUUAUGUUAGUUGUAAUGUAUUUACUCAAGCUCGAGAUUUAGCCUUAUUUGAAGAAUAUCAAAAGUAUUCCGAUACAAAGUAUAAAAUUAAAGAGAUUGCUGGGUUUGAUUUCUUUCCUCAAACUAAACAUGUUGAAACAAUAGCAGUAUUAGAAUUACAAGAUUAAUAAAAAUAUAGAAUAUACUUUUACUUCUAUU